CAAAUGCCAAAAUUCGUCAGCUGUUUCCAAACUCAGUCAUUCUAGUGAAUUGAUAGCUUUGUUUUGCUUCCCGCACUGACUCUUGGCUGUGUAUACAUAACAACUGUGCAGUUUUCGUAUGGGCGCUGUUUAGAGAUAAGCGGUAAUAAUUUUGAUUAUCGAUAACCGAGGAAUGUUUAGAUUAAAACAUGGCGACUCUACAAAAACCUAGGACCAAAAAAAAGAAAACCAAGACGCAGUUACCUGUAACCCAAGAUGAAAUUCUGGAUAAUGAGCGCAUCUUAUCCAAAGCAAUAUCGUCGCUAGAUCUAGUCGCCCGUUCACCCAAAGAGCAAAUUGAACAGGACGGCCGCGCGGAAAGUUCCCCUAUCGAUUGUGAAAUUUCUAGUUCGGAUGAAAAAAAUACUGUGGAAGUUGGCAGCGCACCCCCAAAAAGUGUUUCCGAAAAACCUGUUGAGCGGAUUAAUUCGAAAGAAGGAAACACUGAUAUAAAGAUGGACCCUGUGGAACGAUCAUGUUGCCAUGUGGAACCGCUGCAGAGUAGCUCUACUUCUGCUCGAAAUACCGAGGUCACCACGCCGAAGUCCGCUCACCAGCCGCUCAUGGUCAGGGAUUUGGAAGAAGCUUACUACUGCCCAGAAAUCGAACGAAUGAAAUUGUUUGAGGAGCGACUUUUGAAUGACUCCUUAGAGGAGAAUUUCAAGGGUCACGAUCUGUACCUUCUGCUGAACACAUACAUGGAGCUUAGGACAGAAAUCGCUGUGAUUCUGAAUGACAUAAAAAAUUCGAAAGGAGCUGAAAUGAGGGAAGCUGAGCACAUUUGGAUCAAAGAGUCGAGAAGAGCCGAGGCGCAGGGAACAUGUGGAGAUGGAAAAGUGGUGAAAUCGGCGGUGAUAUACGAGGUCCUGUGUGUUGACACUAACCAACUGGAAAAUACGUCGGUACUUUUAGCAGAUUUUCAGAAGCUGCUCUGCGAGAGAUACAUACUGAAUGUGUUCAAAGCAAAACAAAUUAAGGCGGAGAUAGAAUACGCAGUACGAGAAAUUACCUCAUAUCUGGUCCCCCAAAAUGCGAACAAAAGGAACUUGGACCCUGACUUUCAGCAUUGUAUUCAACACCUGAGGUUGGCAGUGUCGAUAUUCUUCUGCUUUCUAAGGAAACCCAUCCAAGAUAAGGUUUUCCUUGACGACCUUCGAAGUUGGCUCUUGCAAUUAGUAGCAUUUCAAUCACGUCUUACUACGUCGGAAGAUCAUUGGUUUCUACUUUUUCAUUUGUUGCGAUGCCCAAGCAAAAUUUCUUGGGGCAUUCCUAUGGUUCAAGUGCCCGCUUUUGUAAAUAGUGAAGCUUGCGACACAUUGAUUGAUUCGAGCAUGACUCUGCUGAGUAUAUUACUCUCGCCGAUAAGAAAAAGGAAUGAAUUCUUGAAACAAUGCGCAGAUGCACACAGAAAUAUAUCUGAUUGCACUAAAGGAGAUUUUUGGAUAUUGGUUGAUUCGGAUGGCGAGGAAGGAAGCACUCCAGCAGGAGAGUGCGUUGGUUUAAAAGAAAGUGAUUUGAUCGACAUUUUGAAUCAAAUUCCGUUCGAGAAGUUAUUCUGUACGAUAUUGAAUAUUGAAAAACAAGGAGAAGACUACAUUGUGAGCGAAGAUAAAAUGACUGAGAUGAAGUUGACAAGAAUAAUAGCUUUCCACACAACAAUGAUCAAAUUACUAGGCAGCGGACUGAAGACGUAUGGCAGUGAAAGAUACAGACAGUUCACGAAACGAUUGGGAUAUUUAAUGAAACAUUGCAUUCACUACACCUACGACUGCUAUCAAAUAAUUGUGAGCAAAUAUUUGUUAAUGAAUUUGGCAGUGCCUGAGAGAAUUAGCAACAAAUUCGAUGCUUUCAUAUUAUCAGCUUGUGACUGUCUGCAUAAGUCGCGUUGCUUGAGCGUCUCACAAUUUUUCCAAAAUAUACCUUUCAAGGGAAUACAUAAGAGGACAUUGUAUGCGUUGUUUUAUUUCUUAAACGUUGGGUUUCCCGAGGAAAUUAGUCUGAAUUCUGAUUAUGAAGCCUUCUUGAAGGAUGAUCAGUUUUGGCACGAUUUCAACGUCAGAGCGAAAGAUGCAACAAACGAGGAUUUGUACUAUCUGUUGCAAACAUUUUUAGAAAUGGCUUUGGCGCGAGAUGAAACAAUGGACUGGGAUUUCAUAAAAACACUAUUCAUUCACAUAUUUUUUAUUGGUUACAUCAACGAGACAACGAGAAAUAUUUGCUAUAAGCCCUGUAAAGAUGUUUUAUCCAGCCUCGCACUUCUUUACCCUAAAUUAAUUUCUGAUUUAAUUAAAAUUACAAAUGAGAAUAUGAUUUCACAUGAAAAUGUCGAUUAUAUGUUCAAGUCAAUGCCACUGGAAAUUUGGAAGCCAGAUGAAGGAAGUUUGAAAAUUCUCACUGCUUGGCUGCUAAAUUGUCCGUCUGAAUCCAAAGAAAAUAUCCUUUCCCGAAUUAUAAUCGGCCGCAUGAAUUGGGGAUUCAAUUCAGACAACGAACUGUUCCUUGCCCGGGAUAUUCACGUCCGUAUUGCUUGUGUGGUAUGCGAAGCUGCUUCAAAGUAUUCAUCAGAUAUUAACGGUUCUUUGGGAAUACCCGUUAGUGUUUCUCAAGCUUCGAAUACUGUAGAUGCACAUUCUCAAAGAGAGCAAUUUUCUAACUGGUGUUGGAAUGUGAUAUCAACAUUACAUUUACACUACCUAGACCAAGGUGAACGGAUUGCUAUGUUGAUAUUAGGAAAUCCGGCACAUUAUUUAAGAUGCAUACCCGAUUUGCAUGAAGUAGAAGUUUUAUUCCAAGGGGUCUCGGAAAAAAGACCCAUGGCUAUUUACCUAUCGAUGUUAAUCACACUUCGAGGUCAUUCUAUUCCUUUGAUAUGCCAGAAAAGCUUUGAUCAAAUGCUUACGUUAUUGUUGGACCAACAAUAUACUGUUGUGAUCCGGUGUUUAGAAUUGAUUACAAUUCUUUUCGUAGAAUGUCCUGAAGUGCUCACUGAAUGUGACAGGUUUCAUAAAGUGCUUCAAGGACUACUUGACUGUGAUAAAACGUACAUAAACAUGGCAAAAAAUAAGCUUAUAGACUGUUGCUUCGGAGCCACCGUUGAAAUAUUUAAGGAUAUGCUUCAGUCACAAAUACUUGACUACGCGCAUUAUGGUCUGUCAUCGCCACAACCUCUUAUAACGUUAUGGUUCAAAUCAAUGUUAAAUCUACCUAACUGGGAAGAACCCACAGUUUUGUACGUUAUAGAUGGCCUAUUAAAGGUUGCUCAUCGGUUUUCCAACCUGUGGUGGGAAUUGAAAAACCUUCUUCGCUAUCAAUAUACAAAGUCAGACAAAACGAAGGAAAUAAAAUCUACUCUGAAGACGCUCUUCGGGUCUAGUAAAUCAAAGAGAAGAGCAAAUGAGAAAUUUCCAUGGUACUCGUUGAUUUGUUUAGAGGUAGAAUACGAAAUAUUCGAAGGGGAAAACAAUUUGUGGUGUGAAGUGUUGCAUCAGUUCAAGCUUGAUAAGAACAUAAAUUUGGAGAGUGCACUCAGGCUAGCAGCUGCAAGAAUUGGAAAUCAACACGCCAAUGUAAAUGAUUUAACCGUCUUCAAAUACGCCGAGAUUAUAACGAGCAUUGGCUGCGAUAAUUACCUAUUGCCCAUAUUUUCCCAACAGUUUUUCCUUUUAUACUUGUGUCGUAUUCCAUAUAAUAAUGAUGAAGAAAGAUAUAAAACCUACUUUGGCAUCGCAGACAAAAUUCAGAGUCAUAAUCCUACAUUAUUGAAGAAAGUAAAGGCUCAGUUCAAAGCAGCCGAAGAUUUCUAUACGAAGGAAUGUGAACAAAUGAAUGGGGACUCGGACCAAUCAUCGCAAUUUUACACUAAUUUAUGCAGAUUAUUCAAAGCCUAUCAGAUAUGGUUGGAUGACAUGUCGAUCAACGCGAUCUCGAAAAAUCAACACAUUGCUCUUCCACCACAAUUCUUCACGGAAAAAUUAAUUUCUGCGUUUUCGGGGCGGAAGGAUCAUUGGAUUGAAUUUUUGAAUACUGUACAAAUUGGGUCGGAAUUGGAAAGGAGUAAAGACUUUUGGAGAAAAUGUUGCCUUCGACACCCUUCAGGUCGGAAAACAGUGGAAGUUCGAUUUCCAUCAACACGUUCUGUAGAUCCGAUAAAGCGCAUAACAAAUCAUUUGAGAUCAUACGAUGAUCCUCAGAACCUAUUAAGUUUGAGUCCAAGAGGUCAUAGAUUAGGGAAUGUGAAUCUAGACAACGCAAACUGUGAUAUUCUAAAGCUAAUAAAAUUCUACGUAAAAACCUUAACUGAAUAUUCAAGAAAAUGCAACAUACGUUCACAAGAAAUCAUGGUCCUCAACAAACACUACGAAGAGAGUUUAACAAAACUAUAUUCGAAUGUUUCUCACAAUAUUGUACAAUUGACGAAAUGCACUUCGAUUUUCUCGGCUCCAAUUUAUUCAUGUGCAAACGCAGCUAAAGUGACUGUAACGGUGGAGAAACCGCGAAAAAAUACGGAAAUCCAAAAAGAAAUUGAUAAUAACCGAAAGAAAUAUGGAAAAUUGGUAGAUUCGAUUGUAUCACAGAAUUUCGAUGAGACUGAAGUUCCGGUCGAAAGUAUGCAAUAUAUUGUAAAACACUUGACAACCUUAUAUUAUAGAUUCUUGAAUGGAGAAUCGAAUGUUUCUCAACUUCCAAAUGCUUCAAUAAGUUCUUUCUAUGAAUUUGUAGAUAGCUUUGAAAAUAUAAUGUCAUUUGCUCCUUCUCAUGAACUAUGGCGCAAAAUGAUUACGUCUCUAGGGAUUUUCAUCCGAAAAUAUCAGCAAACAGAGGGGCCUCGAGUUCUAAAAUCAGCCAUAUUAAAUCCAGCUAUAAUUGAUAUAUUAUCAGAAGUGGUCACUCCAUCAACAACAAAUUCGCAAUGUUUCAUCAAAAUGUACCAAACGUUGAUUGAGUCGUACAUGGAAUGCUCUGAACCAAAAAUUAUGUCGACUUUAUUGGCGAAGUUUGAUGCAGAGAUAUUCGUGUCAGAUUUUCAACCCAAUCUUAACGAAGUUAGCCAUUUCCUUAAACUAAUUUUCGCUGGCCUGGAAAGAUGGCAUGACGAUGAAACACUGCAAGGGUUAUUUCGACAGCACUUAAUAUGUAUAUUCGAAUUUGAUUUUCCUGAGCACUAUGGCGAAGUCCUGCAAGCUUUACUGCAAUCAUGCAAAGCACAGAAAAUACAAGUAAAUGUUAUAAUGGACAUCAUCAAUUCUUUCUUCACAAGAAGCUCUUGCGAUAGAGUCGAAAGUGCGAGUCAGCCCGAUGUUUUCAAUCAAGUUCGCAAAUUUGCAGCCAAUCAAAAACUCUUCGAUUUCAAGAGUAUAAUGGAGACUAUGAAAAUGUUAGCAGAAUACUUUCGAGCUGAGAGAAUAAAGUACGGAUUGCAUGGUUUAUAUCCGCACUAUGAAAAGUACACCGAGGUUCUGGCCAUACUUUUUUCUUGCUUUGGCCACGCUGCAAUCGUUUCCGCUAUUCAUACCUACCCUGGCGAGUUAGCCGAACAAAUCUCUGAAAGAGUAUUCAAUCAUGUCGCGGAAAUGUACUCACCAUGGACUAUCGUUUAUACUGAACGUCAUUUGCGUGGCUGUACAAUGAACUGGAUAUGGCAAUUGGUUAAGGAUGGCAAAUCGUUGUACCCGUGGAGUGAAAAUCAUAGCAAAAACGCUAAAACCAUUAUAGACUCGUUGAUUCACACUUUGAAAUAUGCAACUGUAGUUUUAGCAGUUCCUAAUUCAGUAUUGUGUCAUGUUUUCGAUUGGUACUUUCGUAAUUUUGUAAAUCGAGAAACUUCUAAAUUCAUCCGACAUCAAUUGCAUAAUGGAAUAAUUCAACUUCCCUGGGAGCACUUUUAUCCUCAACCUAUCCAUUUGGAAGCGGUUUGCAAAGUUUUAUCAGAGUGUUUACCAGAAAUUCACACGUUCGUGGGGUACAUAUUCCUCAAAGUACAGUGGACAGAAUGGUAUAGCGAAAUUUACAGUAAAUGGAGCUGUGAUAUACAAACCAUGUCGAUUAAUUUUCUAUACAUUGUCAUUGUGAAAAUUUCAUUCGAACCCAAUGUGCACGCAAAUAAGCAUAUAACGGACAUAAUCGAAGAUUCCUUGUCUUUUUCGUGGAACAGAACAACGUACGAGGUUUUAGAAAAUGUAUUCAGUUGGCUGCUCGCUUCUUUGGAACCCACCUUUAUUCUUCAAUUGCCUUCUGAGAAAAGUGACACAGAUUCAGCCAUAUUGAACUUAGUAAAACACGUGUCGGGUAUGAAACACGGGGAGACCGAAAGGAGUUCCCAUUCUACACGAGCUAAAAGAAUUCUUUAUGUCCAGAAGAUCAUGGAGCUGCUUAAAAAGUGUGGAUCGAAAAAUAUGGGAUUGCUGGAAAAGCCGGAAGGGCAAACAGCCUUCAGAAAUGUCAUUAUGGAAAUUAUGCUAGAUAUUGAGAAUGUAGUUAGAAAAAACUUUGAAGUCUUAGGAGUUCAAGAUGAUGAAGCUUUGAAUUUACUAUCAGAGGUGCUCAAUCCAUCACAAUUUCCUAGCGACUACGUUAAACAGUUAACAAUUGAAGGAGUGAUUAUGUGGCAAAAAAAGUAUCCUGAAAACAGGCUUAUUUUAAUGAAUUUAUUUGAUAUAAUUGCUUCAAACAAGUUUUUCGAUGUUAACGGGUAUAGUCUGCUGGAAUCAACUAUAUAUCAUUAUUUAAAGCGAGCAGAUCCAAAAUCCAGUAGUGAACUAUCUGCAUGGAAAUCAAUCAGGCAACGGCUCGACAAAUGCUUCGAUCAUAUGGAUCUGCUAUCUUUAAUUCACGGAAGGUUUUUGCUGAUUUUACAUAUUUUUAUCAUAUAUAAAAUGCAAUUCAUGGAUUACAAGACACAAAUAACUUUUAUACAAGAUAUUGUGCAAUUAUUGGAAACUGUUAAGCAAAGUGAGGACAUUGAACCGAAAUUUGCAACCUUAUGGGGCGCCAUAAUGUCUAUCGGAUUCCAAACAUUACCAUUCGAUGAAACUGCAAAUAAACCUCUGUUGGUGUUGGCUAAGAACUUGAGUGCAUAUGCCAGUGAUUCAGAUAGUUGGAGUAGUGGAUUAUUAGGCAUAGUCGGGUUGAAACGAUCGGCUGUUACGAAUAGAUUUAUAAUGUUAUCGCGGUGCUUGGCGUGUUUAAUAUUUUCGUUCUGUGAUGAGAAGCAAGCCUAUCAGAGUGCAAUGGAAGAAUUGAAGUCGGCUAUUAACUCCAGGAGAAAUUCAGAUAUAAAAGUACUGUCGACUAAAUGCGUUGAUAUCAUCGAGGAGAAGAUGUUUGUUUCUGAAUCAAUAGUUAAUCGAACGUUUAAUAUAAUACAACUUUUCUAUAAUGAUAAUAUAAUAAGUAUCACUAGGCAUGCAUGGACGUCGGAGGAAUGUAUGUAUAGAAAUAUGUGAAAUAAAAGCGAUAUUUCAGGGUUA